AUGGCUGCUCUCCUCCGCCCCGUGCUCAACGCCUCCGACGCCUUCCUCAAGCACCCCCUCUGCGCCCUCGCUGAAACGGCCGCCACCACCCUCUUCAAGGCCAUAGCCCAUGGCGCGCUCAUCAUCCACACCCCCCAACACACCUACCACUUCGGCCAACCUCUCACUCCGCACGCGUCCCUCGCGCACCCGCCCAGGGCCCCCGUCGCCGAGCUCACCGUGCGCAGCCCCAAUUUCUGGCUCCGGUUAUGUGCCAUGGGCGACCUCGGCUUCUCGGAAGCAUACAUGUACGGCGAGGUAGAGUGCAACGAUCUCAUUAACCUCUUCAUGGUCUUCCUGGCCAACCAAGAGCAGCUAGGCACCCUCGAAAACUCGCUCUUGACGCGCCUCGGCGCGUACAUUCCCCAGCUUGGGCUCACCGCGAACAUCGUCAACACGCUCACGAAUGCGCGCAAAAACAUCAGCGCGCACUACGACAUCAGCAACGCCAUGUUCAUGGGUUUCCUUUCCAAGGACAUGACGUACUCGUGCGCGAUCUUCCCAGAGCUCGAUUCCGACCUCCGCGAUCCCUCCCCGUCGUCGUCUGCGUCUGCGUCGCUCUCGGCCGCGACGUCGUCUUCUGGCUCCCCACGCAGUAGCCCCCGCGCGCUCCACACUGGUACCUCGACGCCGUCGACGCUCGCGGACCCCGAGGGCGGCGUGGGCGAUACGCUCAAGGAGCUCCAAGGCAGCGCACUACGGCUCUUCCACCUCGACGGCGCGGCCCACCUCCACCACCACCGUCCUCAUACACCGUUCUCCGCAGAGGGCGAAGACGCGCUCGAGGACGCGCAGAUGCGCAAGCUGCGGCACAUCAUCCGCAAGGCGGACAUCCGUCCCGGGCACCGGGUCCUCGAGAUCGGCUCCGGCUGGGGCUCGAUGUCAAUCCUCAUCACGUCCUCGAUCCCGGGCACGACCGUCGACACGCUCACGCUCUCGACGCAGCAGGCGGAGCUCGCGCGCGCGCGCGCCGCCGCCGCGGGGCUCGCGGACCGCGUGCGCGUGCACCUGCUCGACUACCGCGCGAUGCCCGCCGCGUGGGCGGGCGCGUUCGACCGCGUGGUGAGCGUCGAGAUGAUCGAGGCCGUCGGGCAGGAGUACUUCGAGACGUACUGGGCCAAGAUCGACUGGGCGCUCAAGCCGGACACCGGCGUCGGGGUCGUGCAGGGAAUCACGAUCCCGGAGGCGAGGUUUGAGAAGUACAUGCGCGACUUGGACUUCAUCCGGAAAUGGGUGCGCUCUGUCUCCGUCUUUCCAGUAAACGCAACUGCUGAUCUCUUUCCCGGAGGCUUCCUCCCCACACUCACCUUCAUGCUCGACACGCUUGCCAAGGGUUCCAAAGGCCGCCUCGUCGUCGACGCGGUCGAGAACAUCGGCCCGCACUACGCGCGCACGCUCCGCGAGUGGCGGCGGCGGUUCGAGGCGCGGUUCGAGGAGGCCAUCGUCCCCGCACUCCGGAAAGAGUACCCGGCGGUCAUGGGUGCCGACGACGCAACGGCGCGGGAGCAGAUCGAGGUGUUCCGGCGCAAGUGGAUAUACUACUACUGCUAUUGCGAGAUCGGGUUCACGACGCGCAAACUUGGCGACCACAUCGUCACGUUCACGCGAGAAGGAAAUGCGGGGUACGGCUGUCAUGUGUCCGAGUAG